AUGGAAGACGACGGAAAGCGGCGGAAAUCUUCUGUUUGCGACAGUGUUGCGGAUCAGGACAAGACCGUUAUAAGCAAGAUAAUGCAACGGUUCCGUCCGAUCGCACCAAAACCAAUUGUCGGUGAAUCCUCCGACGAUUCAAAAAGCUGCAGAUUCCUUGGAAGAAACAGAAGAUCUAAAAGAAAGUAUGUUAGGGCUCGGAAUAAAAACGUUAGUAGUGGUAGUAGUAAUAAUAACAACAAUAGGAUAAUUAGUAAAAGGAAUGGUUGCGAUGGAGAGAUUAAAAAGACCGAUUUUGAUAAAGAGAUAGACGGUGAUGAUAGAAGCGAUAUAGUCACGCUUCAGUUGCUACCGGAGAUCAAGGAUAGAGAUCUAAGAAGUAGUGAAUAUCAAGUUGGUGAGUAUGGUUCGAUCGUAGAGCAGCCGUUAUCUUUAGAUCGGACGGUGGUGGAGUCUUGGUUGACGGUUGAGUGUGUGAGUGACACGCGUAGUGACUUGGGAGGGUAUCACAUCCCGGAGCUAAGCCUUAUGGAUCAGGGAGAGGAGAGAGUGAUGGGGAUGUUAGAGGUUGACACGUGUCCCUGGCUACUUUCGGAUGGAUCAAACCGGGUAUAUUGGGUAAACCGGGCGUACCGGAGAAUGAUUGGAGAUCCGGAUGCAGAGGUGAUCAAAGUGUGGUUGGUGGUGGCGAUGGACCUUAUGGAGGAGAUGGCGUACCUGGUAGAGUUAUACGGUGCGGUGACGUGUAAGGUUAGGUUCCGGUAUAAGCUGUCCACGUGGAAAAAUGAGAAGAGAUCGGAGUCGGAAGUGAAGAUGACGGUGCCGUGUGAUGUGUGGAGGAUUGGAUCAGAUGGGUUUGCUUGGAGGUUAGACGUUGAAUCAGCUCUAAGACUCGGCAGGUAA